AUGACUGCAUUAUACGAUUUUAUUUGCAAUUUUCUUUAUAUUGCAUUAUCUGAACAUAUAACUGCAUUUUCAGUAAUUUAUCAGGUAAUAAACGAAGAGCCUUGGAUUGUAAAGGAAAAUUUAAGGCAAAUAUUUCAUCAAGCAAUUACAUCUGUUAUCCCUUUAUAUGCAUCAAAUUCAGAAAAAUAUCAGAAGUUUAUGAGCUUACCCUUAAAG